AUGGAAUUUUUCUACGACGAGCAAGCUACCAGCAGUGAGAAAACUGAAGCUGAUGGUAUUCGUGAUAAGAAGACUGAGGAAGCCUUCAAUAAAUUAGAAAAUAGGAUUGAUGUUCAGUACGAGCGUACUACUAAGGCGAUCAAGAAAUUUGUUGGUGAGGACGGUGAAAUAGAGCUAAAGCUGCCAUUAAAUUCCGAAUUAUCUGGCAAAGCUCAAGAUGCUUUGAAAACGCUAGAUAGUCAUCUACAGAGUGUUGAAACUAUAGCACAAGGAUAUUGGAGUAAAGUGUCCGGUAAAUCAUUCUGGUCCUCGAUGGCAGAUAGUUUAGGAUCUAAGUUCGACGAUGUUGUCACUUUCAAGAAUGAAAAAUCCCAAGAGUCUCAAAGUACAGCAUACAGGAAUGCAGCCGCAACUAGAACAGAGGCUGAACUCAGGCAGCUGUCAAGUGAUCCCGAAUUUUAUUUGAACUACAAAGACGACUUUCCAAAGACUUUUGCCGCGGACAACUAUACCUCCGACAUAACAGAAUUGCUAGCGCAUGAUGAACACCUGCGGAAACUUAUGAACGAUAUAGUCCCUGAGAAAAUCAGUUAUCAAGAUUUCUGGGCCAUCUACUUUUCCAGUAAAGAGAAAAUACUGGCAAAAGAAAACAUAAGGAAGGAAAUCCUAGAAAAAACACUAAAGACUGACGAAGAAAUUGGAUGGGAUGAUGACGAAGAGGACAGUCCAGUAAUUGUGGAAAAAAUUACGGCCAAUGAAGAUAUUCCGCCUGAUGCGAACCUAUCUUCUACUUCAAUCGCUCCCUCCGACAGUAAACUGGCUCAAGACAUGAGCGAGCCGGGGAUUGACAAUGAUGAUAAUGAAGUCAAUGAUGAUAACGAUGAAGACGACGAUUGGGAGUAA